CAGUUUAUAGGUUUACUCUUAAAUAUUCUGAAAGUGUAUUUGCACCUAAGUAGACAAAAUGAAAAUUUUCUUAAUCGCCUUUGUUGCCAGUCUGUCUCUGUUGACUGUAAAUGCUGGAUUAUUGCCAUCAUUUCAUUCACCCUUGAUCGACGCAGCAGUUCACCAUUAUAAAACGGCAAAUUGCGUUGUCCAGAACACUCUUGAAGUACAAAAUGUAGCACAGAAUUUCUUAGAUGAAAUCGUCGGUUGUGGUACCAAUGUUUCUGAGGAGUGGUUUGCUAUUAUCGAUGCUUGUGUUGCUAUAAUUGAGACCUGCCAAAAAAUUAUUCGUUUACAUGAAUCAACCUGUAGUGACAUUAAGAAUCCAUCAACUAUUUGUGUUCUCCUUUUCUCCAAGGAUGUGGCAGUAUUGAAGAAGCAAGCUGAUACUGCAGCAACUCUAUUUAAGGAAUUGGAAGAAUUGCCACAUGUCACUACUUUAUGCGGUGGAACUGCUGUGAAUCAUGUCUCAGAUUAUUUUACACAAUUUUCAGCUAAUGUCGGAAUUUGUGCCAAUUAAAUUUUGUUUAAAUAUGAACAGCAAAUAAAACUAUUAAAUAAGAAUCAGUCCAAAUUUGUA